GUUAGAUUGUGGGAAAGUUAUGAUUUCUUGCUAGUGCAAAUUGGUAUUUUGAACGCAUCGUGCUGAAUUACAGCAUUGUCAAAGUUUUAGAAAGGUGAUAAUUGCUAUGAGAAGCGUGAUCUGACACAUACCAGUGAACUAAUGAUAACCUGUUCACCAUGUUGUUGAAGAACUCAGAUUCAGAUGAAUGCAAAGAAAUUUUACGGAAAGUCAUAAGGUCACAGAUUCUCCACCUGGUGAACCAAUUAGCAGAGACAGGUGAGGAAAGUUUUAUGAUCAGUGCUACAGGAGAGGAUGAAGUGCCACAUAUUGUGGGAUCAAAAUACGGGCUUGUCUACAUGCAAGGAUUCAGGGGUGUUCAAGAUGGAUUUCCUAAUUUUAUUCAGAAACACAUCCAUUCUCAAAUACACAAGUCAGAGACAGAUAAUGGAGUGAGUCCUACAAAACUAAUGCCUAGUCUGGAACGGUUUGAUGUUAAAGAGUCUGGUGCAAAAACCUCACCAAAGCACAAUAUAGUUUCGUAUAAAAAAACCAGCAUUUCCAAGACAAUUGUAACUGAAGCUGGAGGAGAUUCAGGUGACAGAAUAAAUGAACUAGAAAAGAUGGAUGACAAGGAAAAUGAAUUGGCUAUGAAAGUACCAGCAGCAGAUGAUGUAGGCUCAGCAAGAACUUCAGGCAUUAACCAAGGGUUCAGGGGUGUACAGGAUGGAUUUCCUAACAUACUACAGAAAAAUCAAGUAGUAUCACAAAAGAGACAGUUUAAAAGAAAAAGGGAAGUUGAAAAAUGUAGGGCUAAAUCAAAAGAGAUGAGAUUAGAGGACAAAGUUGUUCGGUCCAGUCCUGAUUCAAUAAAGUCAGCGAGAACCAGUUCAAUGAAUGCCCAAACAUUGCAGUCUGAUCAAAAUGGAAGAUUUGACAGAGGGAAUGUAGAUGCUUUAGCAUGUGUUGAUAACUGUUCUAAAGAAGUGCAUGAGACAAAUUCUGAGACAGAAGCAGAAAUUGCAAAAACCAGGCAAGAUGUUUUGCAAGAAAGACAAUGUGUUUCUGAGACAAAAGACAAUCCGAUGGAACAUUUAGAUAUCCCUUCGCGAAUACACAAAACAAAUAUUGGAGACAGUGCCAUGAAACAAGUAUCUGAUCCUGAAAGAUUUAAUGAAAGAGAUGAAGAUCCUGAAACCUCUCUAAAUACCAACGGUAUACCUAACGAUAAAGUAGUAGCUGAAAAAGUAGGAAAUUUAGUUGAUGAUUUGGAUGAACUGGACGAAUUGGAUGAAGAUCAAGAUGACAUGUCUUUUGAUGAUGAUAUGAAUUCUGAUGAAAAAGAAACUGAUUCAGAAUGUGAUGAAAGUGAAUUCGAUGAAUUUAAAAAGGACGAAAUCUUUUCUAAGCUUAUUUAUGACUUUAAGAACAUUAAGAAUGAUCGGAAAGCUGCAAGUACAAGAUGUAGCAAUAUUGUUGAAGAGAAUGUUUCGAAACAUGUAGGUGAAGCUUCCAAAACAGAAAAUCUGAGUCAAGUAUCUCUUGAAGAAGACAGGCAUGUCUCUGAAGAAACUGUAAGUGAAAUGCAAGACACACAGAAGGCAAAUACAGGUGGAAUUGAAGAUACAAAUGAAGUGAAAUUAGUGUUUCUUAACAAAUGCAAUACAGCUCAGGGAUACAUGUAUAAAAAUAUAGUUUAUCGCUUAUCAGAGUUAAUCUCACCUGGAGAUCUUAAAUGUCAGUAUUGCAACAAGAGCUGUAGAGGUCUGAAAGAAGUCAGAGAACAUCAGGGAUCACAUAGUAAGAUAUACACUUGUUUUAGAUGUGAUCAAAAUUUGCCUAGUCUUGCAAAGCUUAGGGAGCAUCAUGUCAGGUGCUACACUAUACCGAAGUUUGUGAAAGAUAUUUUCCGAAAAAAUCCAAAUUUCUGUCCCAAACCACGCUUGGUAAAUCAUGAGAUAUCACCCGGUGUCUCUAAGCCCGAUGAGAAACAGUGCUUCAAGUGCAAAACAUGUUUUAAGAAGUUUUCAUUUCGAUUUAGUCUCAAAAAACAUUCAUGCAAAGCAGUAGUCACUGAUGAAAAUGUAUAUCGUAACUCUUCGAGGUCAGGAACGGGUGCAGAAAUGAAUGUGGCCAAACCAGUGUCAUUUAAGGCAGAAAUCGCAUCCCUUGCUAGAAAACCAACUUCAGUUCUCACGGCAAAUUUCAACUCCAGUCAAAAUAUAAAAACCAAUGAAAAUAUUUCAGACAUCCCCAUGAAAAAAAGGGAUAAAUGCCAAAAAUUGUCAAAAAAAAUUUCUUAA